AUGGGCGGCCAACUGUCCAAGAUGAUGGGCAAGAUCUUCGGAUCAAAAGAGAUGCGCCUGCUCAUGCUCGGCCUCGACGCCGCCGGCAAGACAACCAUCCUCUACAAGCUCAAGCUCGGCCAGGACGUCACCACCAUCCCCACCGUCGGCUUCAACGUCGAGACUGUCACCUACAAGAAUGUAAAGUUCAACGUCUGGGAUGUCGGUGGCCAGGACAAGAUCAGACCUCUGUGGAGGCACUACUUUAGCGGUACCCAGGGUCUCAUCUUCGUCAUCGACUCGUCGGAUCGCAAGCGUAUCGAGGAGGCAAAGACGGAGCUCCACCGCAUCAUCAACGACCGCGAGAUGAAGGACAGCCUGUUGCUCGUGUUUGCCAACAAGCAGGACAUUUCUGGAGCCAUGAAGCCUCAAGAGGUCACCGACGCCCUGCAGCUCUCGAAACUCAAGGACAAGGUCUGGUACGUCGUGCCCAGCUGCGCGACCACUGGCGAGGGCCUGCUCGAGGGUCUCCAGUGGCUCUCGACGAAUGUCAAGGCCCCGCCUGCGCCGGCCAAGAAGUAA